AGGCCAUCUGUUGCAGGACCUCUUGUUCUUCUCGUCGCUGGAGAUGGCUCUAUGUGUUUGGGGUCGUCGGCCUGCUGCAAAAUAACUAGCAGCAGGUAUGGAUGGCGGUGGAGGUGAGACUCGUGUGAUCAUCCCAGUGCUGGGCCCCUCUCCUUCGUCCAGGGGAGCACAGCUGCUCGCCUGCGGUGACGACAUCCUCCACGUCGCCACUCCGCUACGAAACCUCCUCACUUCUUUCUGGCCCAACACCUCCGGAUUGUUUUCAUUUUCCACCUCGAAGCCUUCGGCCGCAACCGAUGCUGACUCGAGUGACAUCAGGCUUGAGACUGAGGAGGAUUUGAGGAAGACGCAUAUUUAUCAGAUCAACACUUCCUACUCAGACAGUGCUUCGGGGGAUAUAAGAAGAGGAUUCUGUUGUUUGCUGUCUGAGGUGGACAUGCUUCGCCCUCAGGUGCAGGUACUUCUGGUGGCUUUGUUUUCCGCUGUGCUGCUGGUGCAGGUCAGCGGUGCUCCACGCAGAGACAGGCAGACAGAAACACUGACAGCAGACCUCGUAGAUGACAAGGAUCUCGCCCACUUGCUCCUGCUGAGCUUUGUGUCUGGGCUGAUGGCAGCCAGAGUAGAUCAGAUGCUGCCCGAGCCGGGGGAGGAAGAGGUGGGAGUCAGGGAGGAGGUUGUGCGGCGACACCUUCCCCUCUCUCAAAGAGAGCGCAAAGCAGGCUGCCGCAGCUUCUUCUGGAAGACGUUCACCUCGUGUUAGCACAAGACAAGCUGUUAGAGCUGGACUAUUUUUUUUGAAUCCAUGUUUGUUCACUUUGUUGUAAAUGCACCGUUUCUUGCAAGAUGCUAAAUAUACAGGUGUAGUAUAUUUUAAGAUUGGCAGGGAUGUACACAGUGGCCAAAAUAAA